AUAGGGGCUGUGUGUCUUGUCACAAAACGAGGCGACGAGGCGAACGAGGCUACGAGGCUACGAGGCGAUGAGGCAAAUACAGCCGCUUGACGCCCAACGCCCGCUUCAUCAUCCAUCGGAACUUCCACCCAACAUUCACUGCCCUCUGUGACGGACUACGAUAGACUUCACUUGCAGCUCUCUGCCGAACGAUGAACAAUAGCUCGAGCUACCUCGUUGUCGUGGGCUUGUGCACGGAGCUUCACGAUGUCGCCGAUCCUGACGUGGCGGGAUGGGGAGUCAUCACAGCCUUUACUGCCGCGAUCAUCCUCAAUAUAACCGCCAUCCUAGUAGGAUACCUAUUUGGAGGUCUGCCUCGAGAUCGAUACCACUCACUCGACCGCCAGUUCCUAGCUACGCUUGGCCUCCCAUCUCUGUCGACGUCCUCCACCUGCAUUGCCUUGAAAGACUUGUCUCAGACCAGCAGUCCAAGCAAAGGUCUUCCCAACAGCGAGUCACGCGAUCGACCACCGUCGACAUCCACCGCCGGAGAGUCUUCAGAUACAACAAAGGAGCAGCCUGAUGUCCAGCCCGCGGACUCGACGUCACCCACAGAUAUUAUAACGAGAGAGCGGUGGUUUAGGGUCCUAAAACCCUUCGUGCUAGGAAUGAGCGACCAACAACUGUUUACUGGCAUGGCCCUCAUGGCAGCGACCAUGUUCAUGAUAGGAGGUUUGCAGGGCUUAAACGAAACCCUCUCAGUCUACUCCUUUCGGGUCGUCACCUCUCUAGCAUACUUCUCCUGCAUCAUCCACCUCUGCUCCCUCACCGUCGUUCGGGACCACUUCGACGAGCACAGGCGGCUGGGGUACUUUCGAGCCGGCCUCAUCGUCCUCUUCCUCGGUCUCCUCAUCGUCUGCAUGGUCAUUUCUGAGUCCGUCACGUUUCGGUUCAACUCCAACGUCUCUGUCAAGUGUGCGCUACAGCACUUCCGCCUGGUCGAUCCCCGGAGGCCCAACUACGUCAACGUAUCCGACGAGAUUAUAAUCACCUUCAACCUCGCCGUGCUCAUCUGUAUAAUUCUUAUUGGAUACUACAGACGGCUAAGAGAACUCUUCGACAAGGACUCACGCUACAUUGUCACUGGUGGAACGCCCAGCUCCUUGCUAGACGCCUUCCAGGCUAGUUUUCUCUCGGAAGCCGUUUGGAUGCUAUUCUAUUUCGCCUUCGGGCUCGCCAAUUUGUUCAAGUUUCUCAUUGACGAGAACGCAAACAGUCUUAAUAUUAAGCCUAGUUUCGGUCAGCUUGUGCCCAUCUUUCUGCUUGCCCAGCCUUUCUUGGCCGCUUUCGCAGCAUUAUCAGAAUCGAGGCCAACUAAUGGCUCUGCGAACCGGACAUCAAACAUCCCACUUAACUUGGAGCCCCAAGGAGAACGCAGCUGGCCCAUGGUACUUGGUGUGUUUCUCUACAUCUCGUCACUGUUGGUGUGGGCUUUGAUGUUUGCCAAUAUCAUACCCGGAGCGUUCAUUCUCUCACUCGUCGCUUGUAUAUCAAAGGCUGGGUUUAUAGUUUUCAGAGUCUAUCGGAAACUUGCUGAAGGAGAAAAAAGGUCAAACGCAAUGGGAAAUUAGACUUAGCUAGGUAGAAUAGAGAACAUGUUUGGAGCUAUCUCUGUAG